UGUUGUUGGAAUGGAGAACUACGAAGCUAACGUCAUAACAACGGGCGAAGUUUAAUUAGAAAACUUCAUAGCCGGCAUUGAAGGCAGCUGAGUCAGCCCGCUAGAUUACGAGCGAGCGACCGGAAUACCGACAUAGAUGGCGCCAGGCACGAACUCGUCGGGCGCCGCUUUCGCGCACGCCGAGCGCCGGCCAUAGGGACGUCAAUACAAACAACAAGACUACAAACGAGAACGUUACGUAUAUGUACAGCUUACGGCGACAGGCGCAGCCAGUAGACAGCAGAGCUCAGUUUGCGCACUCUGCUUGUAUUUAGAGGUUGAGCGCGCACCCACUUGACUCGGGGAGAUAUCGUUAUCGCGUGUUCGGAUCGGAUCAUGACUGAUUUGUGCUAUUUAUUCUGGGGAACUUGCAAUAGUUUUUUUAUAAAGUGAGUGAACGCGUUCGGAAUAUUAGGUCUAUAUAGUUUACCGAUUGUCAGUAGUCGAAAUACAAUAUCAAAGUGUAAGUGUAUACUCAUCUCAUCCUGAUAAAAAUGUGCGCAUCUGUCGUUUUGAUUUGUUUUUGUUUACACAAUCCAGAUCUCGAGCUUCAGCUCCAACAAGGACCUGUCUCAGUCUGCAGGACAUAAUUUAAGCAUCGUAUUCGACAGUAGGAGUUUUUGACGGGUAGAUCAACUUGUUGCCUUUAAAAAUGCCUUCAUUUAGUCAAGAAAUUAACGUGGAUCUCAAUUCCAACGAGAAAGACACCCUGAAAAAUGAGCUAAGCGAAGAGAAGAGGAACGGGGAAAGUAGAUUUGUGGCCACCGAUCGAGGUUCCGACAGCGUUCCGGGGGGACUCAAUACCGACCAACGUCUCGCUUUCGCCUUAAGGGAUUUUCUCUCGGGAUCGUCAAAUGCAGUAAUUAGUGAUAGUGAGGGUGAGCCCUCCCCUAUGGCCCUGGAGCACGGAUUACCGUUUAUAGAUGAGCCGAUUGAAUCUGAAGACGUGACGCAAUCGGAUGAGGAACGGCCUGCGUGCAGAGAAACGGAGGAGGUGCUCAACAACGCAGCCUGCCGACUCAGGCGGUGGCGUGCCGCCUCGCGGAAGCUGAGGCGGCCUAGGAUCAUUGACAAUUUGUGUGGGAGUGAGGACAGGAAUGGUAGCAAGUCGUGUAAUGGUGGGCACACGGACCUGGCGGACAGGCUGCGGAGCCUGGCGGUGGCGGGCAGCAUGUCGGCGUCGGCUGGCGAGUUGCUUUCGCUAGCGCCGCCGCCGCCGGCCGCCACCGCACCGCCUUCGCCUGGCUACCUGCUCUCACCAUCGCUGGCCGACCAAAGUUCUGCCGAGUACUUUGGCUCAAGUCCAGAAUGCUGUGUGGACAGCGGCGGGUUGGAGAGCAGCGCGCCGGGCCCGCCCCCCGGGCCCCGUUACAAGCUGGCCAGCGAGGGGUCCCUGCGCGUGUGCUCCUUCCAGCACACCCGCACCGUAGUCGACAAGAUCCUCGCCGCCAAGUUUCUGCGACGCUGGGAGACGCACGUCUUCUGCCUGCAGGAGGAGCAUAUAGUUUCCAAAACGCCGUCCGGCAUGCUAGAGCGGCCGCUGCCUUACAGCAGUAUGCAGGAGGUGUACUGCAUAUCCCGGUGGGACACCGCUAGGAAGUACUGCCUUAGGAUCGUCAUGCCUCACGGGUCGCUGCUCUUUCGGGCAAGCGACGCGUACACGAGGGACCAGUGGUAUCACUCCAUUGUAUGGCGAAGAAACAUGAUAAGAUAUCGCAACAUCCUCACGAAGAGUGAUCGAAAGGAGGUUGUAAUGAAGGAAUUGAAGAACAUGGUGGAUUUCGCGAUGACGACCCCCCUGCAGGACGAGAGCGUGACGCGCGCGCCUCUGCAGACACUGACCGAUCUGCUCUCAGAGAAAAAGGACUGUCCUGAGUGGGAGCAAUGGGCGGAGAAGGCGACCAUGGUCGCGGCACCUCUGCUCGCCGAGCGCUGCGCGAGCAGCGAGCUGUGCGCGCUGCUGGCGCGGCUGUGCCGCCUGCGGCCGCGCGCGGCGCCGCUGCCCGCGCUUGCGCCGCCCGUCCGUCGCGUGCUCACGCGCAACGUCGACUUCGCGAGAGCGCCCAAUGCCCGCCGACUCGUUAGAGAUUAUAUUAGUGCUGUGAGCUCACACAACUCUGGCGCGUCGCUGGUGCGGCGGUUCGUGGAGGUGACGCACGGCGGGCGCGCCGCGUGCCCGCACCCGCGCGCGGCUCCCAACCUCGCGGCCGUCGCGCUGGCCGCGCUCGACGACCGCUUUCGCGACCAGCCCGAGCCGCACCGCUGCGACGACUCAGAGGACGACGUCUUGUGCUUUGCUGAUAUCUUGGAACACAUGUCAGAAUACGAAGACUGGCGAGUAGUGGUAGGCGGCGUGCUGCAGCCGGUCCCGCUGUGCCCGGGCGCGCUGCGCUGCCCGCGCGUGGCAGCGCGGCUGGCGGGGGUGCUGCGCGCACUGGCGGCGGACGCGCGCUGCGCGGCGCAUGGCUGCGUGGCGGCCGCGCCGGCGCGAGCCCUGCGCCCGCACCCGCCCGCGUGGCUGCGCGCCGCCUCGCCCGCAGACCCGAUGAUGGCGCUGCCGCACGCCGACCUGUGUCAGCUGUGGGGAGACAUGGUUGGUAGUUUAUUAAAAUGCUGCGGAAAGAGAAAAAGUUUUCUGCAAAGCAUGAGCAAGCAACUGCCAGACUUCGUUCUAGUUGCUUUAACUGAACACCCUGCAGCCCUAGAAGCUCUCAGCCUCAUGCUGGAGUGGGAGGUGGCGAGCGGCGAACAGACGCAGCUGGAGAUCAUCGCGGCGCUGCAGGGCACCGACCUCGGCCAGAAGUAUUACAAGGAUCUUUGCGAGCGGCAGAAUAACCUGCAGAGAUUGCAAGCAGAAGGCGGGCCGCGACGGCUAGCUUUACCGGUGCGCGCGACCGACGAGGACGUGGCAGCGCUGCUUGAAGCUGGCGCGUUCGGCAACCUCGAGUGCCUCUCACUCGCCUUUACCAGCGUCACCAGCGCUUGCGCACACCACCUCAUCAAGCUGCCGUCGUUACGAUACCUGAACUUAUGGGCAACUCAAUUCGGAGAUUCUGGGGUUCAGCUUAUCGCGGAGCACCUGCCACGACUGCAGGUCCUCAACUUAUGUGAGACACCUGUCUCUGAUAAAGGCAUUGAAGCACUCUCAGCUCUGACCAGCCUCCGUCGCCUGAACCUGAACAGCACGCGACUGUCGGCCGAGGCGUUCGCGGCGCUGCGCGAGCGGCUGCCGGGCCUGCAGGAGUACGACAUCCGCUACACGGAGGCGUGGUGACAGCGGACCUCGCCUCCGUGUAGCCCCUCCACCAGUUCCAACAACACCAUCAUUUAAUAUUCACUCCAUCUCAGAUGUACUUUACAAACGAAUUAAUCUGACUAACACUGCCGAAAUAGGCUGUGCUGUAAUACAACCAGCAUCAAAUAACAGAGGUGUAUGUUACUAUACCUACCUACGUAUACAUAUACCUAACUUAGACCACUUAGGCUUUAAAUAAUCUGUUUGAUGCUGUCUGUACCUACAAUGUUCAAACUGAAGCAAAUACUAAAUCGAUUGCAAUUAAAAGUUUUGUUUACAAAUAAGUAUAGGUAGUUUUGCAGUUUGGUUUGUUGAUUUAGAGAUAAAUGCGUUUGUAACCUGCAAUAUUUAUUAUAAAUAAUCACAUUUUCCGGUUAUAUAUGGUGAGAAGAUGGUAAAUAUCCAUAUUUAGGUCGAAUGCUAAAUGUUUUUGUCCUUUAAAUACUUAAUGCCAAUAUCUAGUAUUAUAAUUGGAAUGCCAUUCAUAAUUUGCCGCUGAUCUAAGCAUGUUUAAGCAGAGCAUUAAUAAAAGGAAGUUCACAUUUAAUAGGUAUUAAUUAUUUAAGGUUGGUGAGCGUGUAAUAUUGUGGUUUAAUUGUGAUUCCCAGUGUGCGUCUAUUGUUUCCCAUUUAUAUAUUUAAUAUAGGCACAAAAAUAUCGAAUUUAAUAAUUAUUGUAUGUCAGUAAUUUAUUACUCGGUUUUGUAGGAAAUUCAUUGGUCUUUAGGACUUCAAUGUAAAUAAAUUAAAUGCGUUGUCAGUGAGACUGUUUACACCAAUUAGGUUUAGCGUUUAGAAAAUGUUAAGAUUAUGUUAAUGUCAUAAUGUCUAGUAAUUCUAUAUGUACUAAGUAUUCAGUAAUCUGUCUAUUUCCACCCAAAUAAAUGGAGAAUUUUCAUUGUGUUACCGACCUAAAAUUCACAUCUAAUUCUAUUUUACUUUAAAGUUCUCUUUAUGAAAAUAGCGUGAAUUUUACUUAUAAUUGCUAUUGAUAUCCAACAAAUCCAGUACUUAGUAUAAUAGAAAUAUGUAUGUACUAUUUAAUUCCAAUUACAGCUAUACAGUAAAUUUCCAAAAUUGCGAAAAUUUAAAUAUUACAAAAUUUCGGGACUAUACAUAUUUUUUGUUAAAUUUACAAGAACAUUCCCAUCUUAUUGGAAACCUUCCGUAAAUUCCACAUCCGUAUAUUGUAUCUGUAUAUGUCAUUUUAUUAUUUUAGCCCCAUGACUGCCCGAAUCAGUAUUGUAUAUUGCGUGAAUUUACUUAUUCCAUAACAUCCACUUUGCGCGCUAAAUCCUGUAAAUAAAUAUGUAAAAGCGAGUAUAUUUGCAUAUUACACUGCUGUUCGAGAGCUUAGGUACGAUGUACUUACUUCUUGGUGCCACCCAUAUCGUCAAACCCUGUUCGAUUAUCCGUCAGUCGUUUUCCAAACAUAACCUAUAGGUACUAUUCGCAAACCUAAUCCCUGUAAAUACCUAUAAUGAAAUAUAUUUCAUGUUAACAGUUCAAUCAAAAAUAAUCGAGAGAAUACCAAUUUUAACUGAAUAGGGCAUCUUAUUUAAAUGGCGACUGCUGACUGAUCGUACAGUUGCAGCAAUUAUUAUUGGUGAACUACUCGUCCGUCUUCGAUGCUUGCUGCUGACUACAUAUAGAAAAUAAUAUGUAUUAGGUAGACAACUUUUCAAUAAUACUCCUACAUACUAACCUAACCUAACAAAAAAAUAUUUUUUUACGAAUUCUUAAGCUCGACGGCGAACGGUUUUCAAAGAGAUAGAGGGGUAGUAGGACUAGUAGGUAAUAAUAACACAUCACCAUUUGUUUUUCCAUUUGCACAAAAUGCACAAGUAAUUUUAUGUCUACGUCGAACGCAGUAUUGCAAUAGCGUCCGUCUGGACCGUCUGCUGAGGUCAGUCACGAUAAAAUUUGUAUGCAUGUAUAUUGUAGGGUUUCUGUUGAGUCGGUUACUUAGAUAGAUACAUGUAGUUAUUUAUUAAAAUAAAAGUUACGCUUAAACUACCUACUACUAUAGGAUUAUUUUAAGACAUGUUGGCUGUGAGUAAUAAUCCGACACGCAUUAUUGAAUGUUGGUGUGCUCUCGUGAGGUGUUUCUUAAUUGAAGCAAAAUUUCUUAAUUGUAAUUAGCUACCUACUAUGUAGUAUAUAUUAUAUGUAACACAAAUUAUUUAUAUGAUUCUUAUUCGUAAAAGCCUACCCAGUUUUGUUAUAUUUUAGGCAACUGUCAAAUUCUACAGUCGACAACCCCGUGCUAAAACUAAAUUUGUCGACGUCGAAUUUGGCAGUCGCUCCAGUGAAAAUAUGUAUUAAAUAUUGUUACUAAAAUUGCGUUACUAGUUGCGCCUCCUCAAACCAGAGGGCCCCGAGGACGUUAAUAGAUAUUAUUUAUUAUUAUCUGCUAUUAUGAAACGUUUCAACAACUCGCUCCUUGAGAAACGUAGUGUCACUAUACAACAUUAAUUACCAUUCGAUUAGUGACGUUGUUCCAUUAUUCAAAAGCUGAAUUUUCAAGCACAAAUUUUGUUUAGUGACGACUAUGUUUCUCAAGGAACGAACUCUUCUAAAAACAUAUCUGAAUUAAUAAUUAAAAUACAUAAUAAGGUAGUGAAACAUCUCAUGACAAUAGGUAAUAGUCGAGCCAGAUUAGAUAAGCAUCAGAGCAAGCUAUAGGCACACUAGUUGUAAUCGAACUCAACAAUAGGUAAAUAUGAACAAAACAGUCAACAGUCUUAUUCUUAUUUCAAUGACUGAAUUUAUACUUAAUUUUUGUUGGUAAUUAUAGCAUAAAUCUAGAACGUAUCUUAUUUAUUUUUUAUAGCUUCUACUAUCCUGUUUUAGUUAUUUACGAUACAAGUGCAACGAGUGGCGAUAAAUCAAAACACGACCGAAGGGAGUGUUCUAAGUCGACACGAGUUGCGAAUUACCUACAUAUUUGCACUUUGUUUCAUACAACGUUUUACAUACAUUAUGACCAGGCAUCGUGAACUGCGAGCGAAAUCCAUUGAAGUACUAGGGUUGUUACUUAGUCAAGUCAAAGUACGUCAUUUCAAUGGAUUUCGCUCGCAGUUUACGAUGUCUGAUUAUGACCCUUUAAACUCUCGACAUUGGCACGGAAAGUGCUCAUUCUCGCGCUAGUGCGGGAAAGUAGCGCCAUAUGUACUGUAAUAGUUAUUUACGAUACAAGUGCGGAAAAGAGGAAAUUACCUAUUCGCACGUGUAUCGUACAACGUUUUACAGUACAUAUGGCCCUUUAAACUUUCGACAUAUGCACGAAAAGUGCUCUUUACGCACUAGUGCGAGAAAGUAGCACCAUAUGUACUGUAAAAUAAUUUAGAAUGUUUUGUUGUUUUAAAGACUCUGUUGAGAAAGACGAGCACAUGUUUACAGAUGGAUUUUCUUUUGUAAAUAGUAUAAACGUCACUUAUUCAUUAAUAUGUAGGUUUGUUAUCCAACCAUACAACUUAAAGUGAAUGUAAAAGAUGUGCUGUUCAAUUCAGUGAUGUUUUAAUGUAUGUACUAUGUAGGUACCUACCAAUAAUCAUAACCAAAACGGCAAAAAGUAUUACGUACAUUGAAAUAAGUGUCACGAAGAGGUAUAAGACUUAUUUGUCCAGUGUGAGAAGUGUGCGAUUUUAUAAUAAAACUUAUUUUAAA